GGGCCGUGGGACCAACCAGGACGGGGAGUGUAGCUAGACCGCCGGGUUUCAGCCGCCACGUGAGUGCGCCGGGGCCACUGCCGCACGCCAGGUGGGCAGCAUGUCGGCGGCUGCGGGGGCUCGGAAGCGGGGGAAGCCGGCCUCGGGGGCCCGAGCCGGCGCGGGGCCCGGCAAGCGGCGGCGAAAGGCCGACUCCGCCCGGGACAGGGGCAAGUCCAAGGGCGGCGGCAAGAUGAACGAGGAGAUCUCCAGCGACUCCGAGGGCGAGAGCCCCGCUCCCAGGAGGACGGAGGAGGAGGAGCAGGAGGAGCUGGAGGAGACCGCGCAGGAGAAGAAGCUGCGCCUGGCCAAGCUCUACCUGGAGCAGCUCCGGCAGCAAGAGGACGAGAAGGCCGAGGCCCGCGAGUUUGAGGAGGACCAGGUGGCGGGGCGCCUGAAGGAGGACCUGCUGGAGCAGAGGGGCAGGCUGCAGAAGUCGGUGGCGAAGGAGGUCCAGGCCCCGGCCCCGGGCGACAUGCGCGUCCUUCGGGGCCACCAGCUCUCCGUCACCUGCUUGGUCAUCACCCCCGACGACUCGGCCGUCUUCUCCGCCGCCAAAGACUGCUCCAUCAUUAAGUGGAGUGUGGAGAGUGGACGGAAGCUUCACGUGAUCCCACGCGCCAAGAAGGGCGCCGAGGGGCAGCUCCCAGGCCACAGCAGCCACGUGCUCUGCAUGGCCAUCUCCUCCGACGGCAAGUACCUGGCCUCGGGCGACCGCAGCAAGCUCAUCCUCAUCUGGGAGGCCUCGAGCUGCAGGCACCUGCACACCUUCACAGGACACCGCGACGCCGUGUCGGGGCUGGCGUUCCGCAGAGGCACCCACCAGCUCUACAGCACGUCCCACGACCACUCGGUGAAGGUGUGGGACGUGGCGGAGAACUCCUACGUGGAGACGCUCUUCGGGCACCAGGACGCGGUGGCCGCGCUGGACGCGCUGAGCCGGGAGUGCUGCGUGACGGCGGGCGGCCGGGACGGCACGGUGCGCGUGUGGAAGAUCCCCGAGGAGUCCCAGCUCGUCUUCUACGGCCACCAGGGCUCCAUCGACAGCAUUCAGCUCAUCAACGAGGAGCACAUGGUGUCGGCCGCAGACGACGGCUCCCUGGCCUUGUGGGGCCUGGCUAAGAAGCGGCCGCUGGCCCUGCGGCGGGAGGCGCACGGGCUGCGCGGGGAGCCGGGCCUGGAGCAGCCUUUCUGGGUGUCGGCGGUGGCCGCCCUGCUCAACACGGACCUGGUGGCCUCCGGCUCCCACAGCGGCUGCGUGCGGCUCUGGCGGUGCGGGGAGGGCUUCCGGCAGCUCGACCCUCUCUGCGACAUCCCCCUGGUGGGCUUCGUCAACAGCCUCAAGUUCUCCAGCGCCGGGGACUUCCUGGUGGCCGGGGUGGGGCAGGAGCACAGGCUGGGCCGCUGGUGGCGGAUCAGAGAGGCUCGGAACUCCGUGUGCAUCAUCCCCCUGCGGAGGGCCCCGCGGCCCCCGGCCGCCGGCUCCUGACCGUCCCUGUUCAAGCCCCUCCCGCCCCGCCCGGCCCCCUCCGGUAUUAAACGUCUCCUCUUUUGG